AUGCCGAGAAAAAGUGAUGCAGCUAAAAUGGAAGAAGUUGGCAUCGAGAUAGACGGAGAUUUAAGUGAAAGUGACGAUGGUGCCACUCAGAGGAGAGGGAACAGGAGGCAGGCGGGAGGAAGAGGAGGCGUAAAGGGACGAGGACGAGGCAAAAAACCGGCCAGUGAUGAUGAUGAUGAUGAUGAGGACGAUGAGGAGGAAGACGAAGCUCCCAGGGGGCGUAGAGGAGCAAACAGGAAGAAGCUGGCCAAGAAACGUGGUGGCAAUGAUGAUGAGGAUGAAAGCGAGGAUGAGCCUCCCAAGAGGAAGAGAGGAGGAGCAGCCAAUAAGAAGAAAGGAGGCAAAGCCCAGGACAGUGAUGAGGAGGACAGUGAUGUGGGGAAAGGAAAGAAGGGAAAGAAGGGAGGAGGGAAGAAAGGAAAGAAGGAGGAAGAAGAAGAGGAGACCAAGGGUAAGAAGGGUGAUGGCAAAGGGAAAGGGAAGGGCAAGGGCAAAGAUGAUGACAAGGACAAGAAGAAGAAAAAGAAAAAGGGUGACAGUUCAUCAGAUUCCAACUCCAACUCGAGUGAGGAAGAGGAGUCCAUGUCAGAGGGAGAGAUGGCUCGGCUGAUGGAGGAGGUGGAGGAGAAGAAGAAACUCAUCGCCAACAUCAGGAAUAAGCCUUGGAGGAUGCAGCGGAGGCUCAAACUCCUAAAGGAAGCUCAAGAAUUUGUGGAUAAGUUUGAAGGUGCUUUGGGGAAAGGGAAAGGCCGAAAGUGGUAUGCCUACAAAGUGAUGAUGACAAAGAAAUGGAUCAAGUUUCAGAGGGAUUUUGAAAAUUUCAGAACAGCGUGCAUCCCAUGGGAGAGGAAGAUCAAGGAGGUGGAAAGUCACUUUGGGUCAUCCGUUGCAUCUUACUUUAUUUUCCUGCGAUGGAUGUACGGCAUGAACCUUGUGCUUUUUGGAUUCACCUUUGGACUUGUGGUCAUCCCUGAGGUCCUGAUGGGUCUUCCCUAUGGGUCUAUUCCCAGGAAGACUGUACCCAGAGCAGAGCAGGAUACUGCUCAAGACUACUCUGUCCUCAUGGACUUCAAUGGGUACUGCAAAUAUUCAGUGCUGUUCUACGGAUAUUACAACGACCAGAGGACCGUCGGCGUGCUGAAGUUCAGGCUACCUUUGUCCUACCUCAUGGUCGGCAUUGGCACUUUCGGCUACAGCCUGAUGCUUGUGAUCCGCACAAUGGCCAAAAAUGCUGAUGUUGGUGGUGGAGAUGGGGAGGAUUCAGACUUCACCUUCGCCUGGAAGAUGUUCACCAGCUGGGAUUACCUCAUUGGCAAUGCGGAGACCGCUGACAACAAGUACGCCUCCAUCACCACCAGUUUCAAGGAGUCCAUUGUGGACGAGCAGGAGAACCAGAAGGACGAGAACAUCCACCUGCGCAGGUUCCUCAGAGUCCUGGCUAACUUCCUGAUCACCUGUAGCCUCGGCGGCAGUGGGUACCUCAUCUACUUUGUGGUGAAGAGAUCUCAGGAGUUUGCCACAAGGGACGACCUCAGCUGGUAUGAGAAGAAUGAGAUGGAGAUUGUCAUGUCUCUUCUGGGCCUGGUGUGUCCACCUCUGUUUGAGACCAUUGCUGAGCUGGAGGACUACCAUCCUCGGAUCGCCCUCAAAUGGCAGCUCGGACGCAUCUUUGCCCUUUUCCUCGGAAACCUCUACACGUUUCUGUUCGCCCUGUUUGAUGAGGUCAACACCAAGCUGGAGGAAGAGCAGUCCAUAAAGAACGCCUCCAUCUGGGCCAUGAAGGAGUACUACGCCAACUACUCACGUCUGAUGAAUGACUCAGAAGCCACCCCGCCUCCAAUGGAUCCAGCUGAUGUCAUUAGAGGACCAUGCUGGGAGACUGCAGUGGGCAUUGAGUUUGUGAAGCUGACCGUGUCAGACAUCCAGGUGUCCUACCUAACCAUCCUGAUUGGUGACUUUGCCCGAGCUGUGAUUGUACGUUUCCUUAACUACUGCUGGUGCUGGGACCUGGAGGCUGGAUUUCCAUCAUACGGCGAGUUUGACAUCAGUGGAAAUGUUCUUGGAUUGGUCUUCAAUCAAGGCAUGAUUUGGAUGGGUGCAUUUUAUGCCCCCGGGCUGGUGGGAAUCAAUGUGCUCCGCCUCCUCAGCUCCAUGUACUAUCAGUGUUGGGCUGUGAUGGCCACUAAUGUCCCCCACGAGAGAGUUUUCAAGGCCUCUAAGUCCAACAACUUCUACAUGGGUCUCCUGCUCCUCGUGCUCUUCCUUAGCCUGUUACCUGUUGUCUACACCAUCAUGACGCUGCCACCUUCGUUUGACUGUGGACCUUUCAGUGGAAAGGACAAGAUGUUUGACAUAAUCAUGGAGACGAUUGACCUGGACCUGCCGGCCUUCAUGGGAACACUCUUUAGCUAUGCAGCUAACCCCGGUCUCAUUAUACCAGCUGUACUUCUCAUGGUACUCGCCAUCUAUUAUUUGAACUCAGUAUCCGAGGCAUACCAAAACUCCAACAUGGAGCUGAAGAAAAAGAUGAAGAUGGCUCGCGAUGAAGAGAAGAAUCGAAGGAACAAUGCAGACACCACCAACCAGGUCAUGAAAGACCUGGAGGACCUUCUACCGAACCGAUCCCUCAUUCCCCCUGCUCCACCAGAGCCUGAAAAACCACCAGAGCAAGAACCAAAACCAAAACCAACAAAGACAAAACCCGGGACAGCUGGUAAAGGUGUUAACCUGCAGAAAGAUGUGGCUCUAGCGUCGUCCAACCCUAAUGCUCGAGGGCCAGUAAGCAGGCCACCUGGACCCAGAGGACCUGGACCAGGUCCAGGUGCUGGACCGGGUCGAGGCCGUGGGAGAGGGCCCCCUCCGAGAUAACAGUGGGAGAAACUGAUGUUCCUGCAGGCGGUUUUCAUUCCUCAGUCUUUCUUAAUUUCACUAAAUACUUUUAAUAGCUCCUUAAAGUCAGCUGGAAAGAUAUUUUGGAUAUUUUGAACCUAUAAUCUGUAACAUACAGUACAGUUCAUCUAUGUUUGCUUAGUGGGUACACUGCAACCAUAUUUAGCCCUUUCAGGCAAAUGUAUGACCCAAAUGGGAUGUCCCUUGGUUCUGUCUAAACUUGGUAUAUCUGACAUUGCAUUUUUGGUGUCAUGUCUAGAUCAUAAUAAUACAAAGAAAGGGAGAGGAAAAAUGGGGAAAGUCAUAUAUAUAUAGUCAUACAUAUAGUCAUAUAUACGUCGUAUAGUCAUAUAAAGAAAGCAAAAGUUCAUAGUAAGACGAUGGAGGAAAGGGGUUAGCCCAUCUGCUGUCAGCUAGUUUACGGUCUUGUACGUGUUUAGAUUUCAUUUUGAGGCAAAUUCUUCUAAUUUGUGAUCAUUUUACUGAUGUUGCAACGUUCAGUGUGACGAUGGCACUGAAGCGACAUUAAUUAUGAUUCUGUGUCCACAGCUAUUUAAAAAAAGUCAUAGGCUGUGUACAAAAGAAGGAUGUUAACACUAAUUUUAACAGUUUGGCCGUCCUCAUCUUGAAUUUUUUUUAUAACAGUCGUGGUUAAAGAUAAAUACGCAGCCACAUUGUUUCUGAUUGGCUGGAAAAUAAUAAUAUUCAACACUCAGUUAAGCUAAGUUGCACCUAACUGUAAGGGUGCACAAACUGUUAAACUAUAUAGAAGUAGCCAUAUUAGCCACUGAUUUAAUAUCAGUUUGUUAAUAAUGUUAAAAUAAUGUAAUGAUUUUGAAGAUAAUCUACCUACAACACAGACAUACAUUCAUUUACUUGAGGCAGAAACAGUGUGUGUUCAUUUUCCGAUGUCUUUCACAGAUUUUCACUUAUUUUUUUCUUAUAUUUACACUGACUUUAUAUUAAUUGUAUGAGACUGGCUUUCCAAUAAAAUUAUUUUACAUUUAUAAAAUAACAUUUGUAAAAUAUUAGCUUACUGUCUUUGUUUGCUUCUAUUUUUUCAUGCAUACUGAUUGCCAUGUAGUAAAACUGUAAGA